AACUUUUCGUAGACGCACUGGGAAGAGAGUUGUUUACAAACAAUAAAGUGUCCGAAUAAAAUACCUGAAAGCGUUGCCGAAAAUUAGCAAAUCGUCAAUCUUCUCAACAGUAUGGAGGCUCAUAACAGUUUUUAGCGAAUAUAAAUUAUAUCCUCGAGUGAUACUUGCAGUGUGUCUGUGGGGGCAGUGAGAUAAAACUGAGCAGGUGCCGUGUCUAAGUUACAAAGAGGUGUUGGCUGUGGGCAGUCAGCAGGACACAUGGCAGAGGAAGGCAACAAGCUGACACUGAGGCGCUUGGAGGCACCAAUCCACAAGUUCAUUAAAGUGGCUCUACCCACGGACCUGGAGAGGCUGCAGAAACACCACAAUAACAUACUGAAGUACCAACAAAGCCAGCAAUGGGACCGGCUUCAUCUGGAGCAUAUCAAUGCCAGCAGAACGGUUCAGCAGCUGAGAGCUAACAUCAAAGAGAUGGAGAAGCUGUGCACACGGGUCCGUGCCGAAGACGCUGCCGCUCUGGAAGCGCUUGUCAAGCCAGUCAGAGACAGGGCGUCAGCCGCCGCACAAGACUUCCUGCUAUUGCACUCUAACCCUGUGCCUCAGCCUGCGCCAGCAACACCACCUGCUGCUCAGCCAUCCAGCUGUGUGUCCAGCAGUUGCCACGCUGAUGACGAUGUGUGCGAGGAGCCAGUAUCUGGCAGGCAAAUUCAGCUCCACCUUCCAGAAAUCCCUGCGGAUCAGAGUGCGGCUGAGUCCUGGGACAACCUGGAAGAGGAUCUGAAGGAACUGAGUGGUUUGGUGACGGAGUUCUCUCUGCUCGUUCACUCCCAGCAGGAGAAGAUUGACAGCAUAGAGGACAACGUCAACGCAGCCGCUGCCAACGUGGAGGAGGGGACCAAGAGCCUGGGGAAGGCGGUGGGCUACAAGUUGGCGGUGUUGCCGAUUGCCGGGGCGCUGCUUGGCGGUGUAUUAGGAGGUCCACUCGGCCUGCUGGUUGGGUUCAAAGCGGCAGGGGUGGCUGCUGCUCUGGGAGGCGGCGUCCUGGGGUUUGCGGGCGGCAACCUGGCUCAGAAACACCGCAAAGCCCGAGUGGAUCUACAGAUGAAACGACUGACAGCACCACCACCAGAGACAAACAAGGACAAAUGACCCAAGUUCUCGUUCGUCUUCUGACCUCAGGUGUUGACUAAUCACUAAAGGCUUCAGUGAUCAAUCAGAAGCACAAACUAGACCUCCGGCAGUGUCACAUUGCCUUAAAGAGACUUAACAUAAGAAGUCAUCAGGCUUUGCUGUUGCCAAGCACUUUUGUAAAAUAAUUCUGUAAUAACAGCUUUAGUCAGACUUUCAUGUUCAGUUGAGAAUGCUUUGCCUGAGGACAUUGAUCUAAUUUUGCACACAGCUGAUUUUUUUUUCUCAAGACAACCAAGUGGUUAUUUACACUACCUAUUUCUGUGUGUGGUUGGGUCCAAAUGACGUAACAUUUCUUUACUAAAAUAAAUCUUUGGCGUCAGUUUAACAGACCCAACCAUUCUGUCAAAUGCUAAAGCUGAACAAGGAGACGCUUUGUUCCUCAAACAUCUUUUUUCAGAUCCUUCUUCACCAGUGAUCAUGCUUCCAUGUUCUUUAUGCAGAACAUAAUAUCCCCAUGUGUACAGCUGUACUUCUGAGACUACAGUAAGAAUGAUGUAUGCAGAAAAUGUUUUAAGCCUUAUGUCACCUGUGGUUCUGCUUCAAUGUUUAUGUAAAUUAUACUGUAUAUAUUCACAGACUUCUUUUUGUCCAGUGUGAGAGCAAAAUUGCACCAAAGUGCCACUGUCCAGAUCACUUCAGGGUCUCGUGGAAGAACCUGCCAUGUAUUGAUUAUACUGCUGCUGGUUUUCUGUCAAAUAAAAUGGGUUUUUUUCAA